CUCGAUUUCGUUGUUCGUCUUCUGGUUACUCUACGCUGUGGCAACGGGAAUCCGCUAUCGCUCCGUUCUGCUCGGAGCUUUCGAAUCGGAGCCGAGGUUCGUGGUUCCCAGUCGACUCCGAUUCGUUUUGGCGACGUGCACCUUCCCUCUCGCAUUGGCUCAGCUUGUCUUGAACUGUUUCGCGGAUAAGCGAUUGUCCUACUACAUCGGAAAGAAGAGCGACAGGUCUUCUCCAGAGAAUGACGCCUCGUACCUCUCCAUCUUCUGGUUCUGGUGGUUCAACGGUCUGAUCGCUCUCGGCUAUCAAAGGGUCCAGAAAGACUCCGGAAUUCGUUUGGACGACCUUUGGGAACUUGACGAUGAGAACAAAACGGAAGGGGUCAUCAGGAAGUUCCUGCCCCACUACGAAGCCGAAAUCCAGAAGAAACAAACACGGACUAGCGGCAAGGCCGACGAUGAUGGGAACUCUGUUCUGCAAAGUCGAGUAAAUAUCAUCGUCCCCUUGUCCAAAACCUUCGGUUGGAACUUCUUGGGCAUCGCAUUCUUGAAGCUCAUCACCUCGCUCCUAGCCUUCGUGUCCCCCAAUGUUCUCAGUGCGCUGAUUUCAUUCGUUACUCAUGGUGCAGAUCCGCUGUGGAAAGGAGUCUUCUUGGCUGCUGUGAUGCUGUUCUCGGCCAUGCUCGAGUCGAUUCUCACGGGUCAAUACGAAUACCGCAUAUACCGUCUCGCGAUGCGCGUGCGCUCUGCGCUCACGUACGCCGUAUACUGCAAAGCACUGAAACUGAGCUCACAGGCGAGGGGUCAAUUCACCACGGGGGAGAUCGUGACCCUGAUGUCUGUCGACAGUCAAAGGAUCAUGGAACAAGUGCACAUGAUGAACCUCCUGUGGUCCGUUCCCCUCAUGAUCGGCAUCGCUCUCUACAUGCUGUGGCAGCAGCUGGGCAUCGCAACCCUCGGUGGUGUUUCCGUCAUGAUCUUGUUGAUGCCGGUGAACGCGGUCGUGACCACCUUCCUCCGGAAAUACCAGAUCUCUUUGAUGCGUGACAAAGACAAACGUACAAAACUCAUGAAUGAAAUUCUCGGCGGAAUCAAAGUAGUCAAGCUGUACGCGUGGGAGAACUCCUUCAUGCAGCGCAUCACCAAGCUCCGGGAAAAGGAACUGAGCGCUCUGAAGGCGCAGGCGUGGCUCAGUGGUUUCAUGGUAUUCGCCUUCACGAGUGCUCCCUUCCUUGUGGCAUUGGCCUCUUUCGCCGCUUUCGUGUUGAGUGAUCCGAGUAAUGUGCUCGAUGCCAAUAAGGCUUUCGUGUCGCUAUCCUUGUUCAACAUUUUGAAAGUGCCGUUGGCCCUCCUCCCGAUACUGAUCACGUAUUUCGCGAUGUUUUUCGUCUCCGUGGGGCGACUCAACAAGUAUCUCCGAUGCGAGGAACUCGACGAAAACGCCGUGACGAAGAUUAAAGACAGUACCGCGGUGAGCAUCAAAGACGGAACUUUCCAAUAUGGCACAGGCACAGAUAUCAGUCCCGCUUUGAAAGACAUCAACAUGGAAAUAAAGAGGGGCCAGCUGGUUGCCAUCGUCGGAACGGUGGGAACAGGAAAAUCCACACUCUUGAGUGCGCUGCUUGGGGACGUCACAAAGAAGACGGGAAGCGUUACAGUUUCGGGCUCUGUAGCGUACGUCCCGCAGCAGGCCUGGAUCCAGGGGACGUCGAUCAAGAAUAAUAUUCUGUUUGGAGGAAAAUACGAUCGAGCUCGUUACGAGCAGGUUCUGGAUGUGUGUGCUCUGAGAGCUGAUUUAGCCAUCCUACCUGGAGGCGACGAGACUGAAGUUGGUGAGAAAGGUAUCAAUCUGAGUGGUGGACAGAAACAGAGAAUUUCUCUGGCGAGAGCAGUCUAUGCCGGCUCCGAUAACUACUAUUUCGACGAUCCGCUCUCGGCUGUUGAUUCUCAUGUCAGCAAGCACAUAUUCGACAAAGUCAUCAGCAACAAAGGAAUCCUCUCAGCAAAGACCCGAAUCCUCGUGACGCAUCGUCUCUCCGUUCUUGCCGAUUGCGAUGUGGUCUACGUUCUCAAGGACGGGACGAUCUCCGAGUGGGGGACAUAUAAACAGCUCGUCGCACGCAAAGGAGCGUUCGCCGAUUUCCUGGUGCAGCACCUCCAGGAAAAAGCGAGUAGUGACGAAAUUCCCGAGGAGGAUAUGAAAGUUAUGGAGGAAAUUGUCAAGGAGGGAGCCGCACCACCGCAUCUCAUGAAGCAAAUUUCGAUGACAAGCAAUGGGGACGAUGACAACGUCUCUGAAGUCGGGAGCCUUAGGAGACGCUCAUCCAGGCAGCGACAGGGAUCCACUGCGUCGAGCAUUCCCUCGGAAAAAUCAAAGCUGUCACGUCGCGAAUCUGCACAAGAACACGAGAAGAGAGCCCGACCAGGCGCCGCCCUCACAAAAGAAGAAGAGGCGGCCGUCGGUUCCGUGAAAUGGACAGUCUACAGAGACUACCUCGUCGCGAUGGGCGCAAUCGGUUCUGCGAUUACUCUUGUCGCCUUCGUCCUAACGAGCGUGUUCAAUAUCAUGACGUCGCUCUGGUUAUCGGCCUGGAGCGAGGAUUCGCUCAAGCCCGAGCUGAGGAACAGCACUUCGCAGAGGGAUUACCGACUCGGUGUUUAUGCUGCCUGGGGAGUGGGGGAAACGAUUGCAGCUCUGGUGGCGUCAAUCUCGUUGAACUUGAUCGCACUUCAAGGCGGGCGAGUUCUUCAUGAGAGGAUGCUUGAGCGAAUUCUUCGCUCUCCGAUGUCUUUCUUCGAUACGACGCCAAUGGGUCGUAUACUCAACAGGUUUUCUAAGGAUAUCGACACUGCCGACAUCACGAUGAGAUUCAACCUGAGGAUGGUAGUCCAACAGUUCUUCAGGACUCUUGCGUCACUGGUGUUGAUUUCGAUGCAAACUCCGAUUUUUCUCGCUCUGGCAUUACCUCUCGUGGUAAUCUACUUCGUGGUCCAGAAAUACUACAUAGCCUGUUCCCGACAUCUGAAAAGAAUCGAAUCCACUUCACGAUCUCCAGUUUACGUUCAUUUUUCGGAAACUCUGACCGGUAGCUCAUCUAUUCGGGCCUACGGAGCAGAGAAACGCUUCGUGGAUAUAUCGAAUAUGAAAACAGACAUCAAUCACACUGCCUACUAUCCGUCGAUAGUCGCUUCGCGUUGGCUAUCGGUGCGUCUCGAGUUCCUCGGCUACAUGAUCGUCUUCCUAGCCGCUCUUCUGGCGGCCCUGGCGCGCGACCGCUUGUCUCCAGGUUACGCCGGUCUCUCGGUCACGGCUGCACUAACGGUCACCACAACCUUGAACAUGCUGGUGAAAGCUUCUUCGGACGUUGAGACGAAUUUCGUCUCGAUCGAGCGGUGUCUCGAAUACGCCGAAGUCGAAUCAGAGGCCGAGUGGAUCGUCGAAAGCAAUCGACCCGACCCGGAAUGGCCCGCCGAAGGCGCUAUAGACUUCAAAAACUACUCGACCCGCUAUCGCGAUGGCCUCCCUCUUGUCGUGAAGAACAUCAGCAUCCAGAUCCUACCGGGCGAAAAAGUGGGAGUCGUCGGUCGAACAGGCGCCGGUAAAUCGUCGUUGACGCUCGCUCUGUUCAGACUCAUUGAAGCCGUAGAAGGGAACAUCUCGAUCGACGCACUCAACGUUUCGCGCAUAGGUCUUCACGACCUUCGAUCGAAGCUGACGAUCAUCCCUCAGGACCCCGUACUGUUCUCCGGGACUCUCCGCGAGAAUCUCGACCCAUUCGGCGAGAAGAGCGACGAGGCGGUUUGGGCUUCUCUAGAGCAGGCCCACUUGAAGGACUUCGUCACUGGUCUCGAGAAGGGUUUAGAGCACGAAGUCACCGAAGGUGGAGAGAACAUCAGCGUCGGGCAACGGCAACUGGUCUGUCUUGCCCGAGCUCUCCUCAGGAAAUCGAAGAUCUUGAUCCUCGACGAAGCGACGGCGGCCGUCGACAUGGAAACCGAUAAUCUUAUUCAAGAAACGCUCAAGAAAGAAUUCAAGGACUCAACGACGCUCACGAUCGCCCAUAGACUCAACACCAUACUCGAUUACGACAGAGUUCUGGUUCUAUCCGAAGGAAGCGUGUCAGAAUACGACUCUCCGAAAACUCUCCUCGAAGAUCCCAGUUCAAUGUUCCACGCGAUGGCCAAGGACGCCGGCCUCAUCUAAGGUUCUCAACGAUCCAUUUUGUUUUCGAAGGGCAUAAUUUUAAAUUAAUCCGACGAGCUGACUCUCGAUUCCGAUCAUCUGGCAAUAAUAGUACUUAAUCUACAUGGUCGAGAAUCAGCAAAAUCCGCCUCCCGAGAGCGAGAAUAAGAAGAGCGGGAGCGAUUUCAUGCGAGAAUCCCUGAGCGAUUGGGAACAUGUUCGGUGUACUAGUACGGAUGAUUCGCAUGCAAGCUAGUGUCGAGGCAUGCCAAGGCACGACAUUCACAGAAAAUAUUUUCUGUAUUCAUAUUAUGAAGGUCUGAGUCUGAAGAUUUUCGUCGCU